CAAGAAAAAAAAGAGGUGGCAGGAGAGGUGCCGAUUAUUUAUCGUAGAAAAUCUAAUUCAGUGCCCUUUCAAGUGACGAUAGCAAAAUGAACUUACAUUAAAGAUUAUCCUUUAAAUCUCUUUGGAUUUUUCGACGAAAAUGACUUUCUACUGGAAGCCCCCAAGAGGGUGCAUGGAGCUGGACGAGAUCAUCGAAUGUGUCCAUCAACGAAUGCACCUUAUUUCUGCUGUGAUAGAUGACCGCCCUUUGCAAAAUAUUAACUUAUCUUAUUUUGUAGAAGGUACGGCUGUUGACAGAGCUUCCCAUUUUUUGUUAAGACUAGUCACUUCAGCAUCGCCUGUACUAAAAAAUUUCAUUGUAAAAGGGGAGACUGAACUGUGCAGAAAGAGACUAAGCUUUUUCAAUUCCAAACAAUUGAUUGAACUGAUAGCCGUAAGCAUACGGCACAUAGACGAAAUUUUGGACUGCAGAUUGAAUAUAAAAGAGGUCGAUAGAAGUUUCCUUCGUUGCUCGAGAAGCAUUUUUGCCAAAUUGCUGAAGAAACGACAAGUAAUAGAGCACAUUUUUUCUUCAAAUCAUCCUGAAUUUUGCUCUAAAUUCCACACUAUAGUUCCUUUUAAGUACUGUCUUCCCCUCGUAGCGUCGAGGGAGGUUGAACUGAAGAAUGGCUACGCUUGGGUGUACUGCAGUAGCUGGACCAAGUUGAUAACAUCAAUAUUUCAACUGCAUUUACUUUACGGUUACGAAGACCUGCUGCAGUCGGGUAUCAAACUGGAUAUGCAGGACUCUCGCAUACACCACUUGUCAAACAUAAUUGAAUCAAAAUACAUGGAAAGACCCAUUUCCUCCAUCGUAUCGAGCAGCCAGGAAAUCGGUGACUUCUUGACCUGUGAUAAUAUAGAGGAGCGUUCACAGUUCUUCCCUCCCUGUGCCCGUAAUCUUAUAGACACACUCAAAAUCCACCACCGCUUAGGACACCACGCCAGAGUCCAACUAACUCUGUUUUUGAAGGAGGCCGGAAUGCCUGUGAAGGACGCCAUAGCAUUUUGGCGCAGGCAUUACAGCAUGCCUGCCACUUGCUGUGGUUCCAACUGCACUCACUCGUGGCAAAAGGACGAACGCAGGUAUGUCUACAGCAUUAGGCAUUUGUACGGUCUCGAGGGAUCCAGGACCAACUAUUCCGCACCAAUGUGCUCAACUUUGCAGGAAAAUAUUCUUGCGCCUGGAGUGUCUGGUGGUUGCCCUUUUUCCAGGAUGACUGAAGGAGAGCUUGAAAAAUUGCUUGAUAAGUACUUAUUGAAGAGUGAAUCAAAGAGGUUCAUUUUUGCAGAAAGUAGAAGACCCUCUAAAUCUUGCGAUGCAUUGUUGAAAUCUUUGAUUGAUAGCAAAGAAACUGUUGUGACGAGGAAACCCUCUCAAUUUUAUUUAAGAUGUAAGAAUUGGGAAGAUGUGUUUUAAUAUUUAGUUACAAAAAUAUUUAUAUGCUCACCCAUUUUGGACUUGGCCUCUCUUGAGGAAACCGCGUUUUAUUGUUAUGAUGGUUAUUAAAAGAAUCUUUUGAGAUUUUAUAAUAUAAAUAUUAUUAUAUUUUGUUAAUAACUAUUUAUUUUAAGUUGAUAAGAAAAUUGAGAAGCAUAUAUAGACAUGAAAAGAAAUAAUCAAAACCUGUGAAACAGUUCUGUAAGUUACCGCUGAAAGGUUAGUACUGUAAAUUUUAUUGAUUGUACAAAUUGGUACUUGACUUUUGAGUUAUGCAACCUGUUAAACACGCCUGCCAAAAAAUUGCCUAACUACAAUUCUUGCAGGCGCUCAUAUCUCUGGGAUGAGUUAGCAAUAAAUUGGUGGUUGUUUUUCAAGACGCUUCUUUUGGGUUGUCUUUUUUUUAAACAAAUAAUGAACGAAACAAACUUUGUUUUAUUUUAUCUUUAUUAUGCAUAUUAAUCAUCAGUCUUUGCUAGGUAUGGGUAUUAUAUCAUUUUUACAUAAGUUGUUUUUAUUCCAUAAUCUGCGAUUUAUCCAAGUUAAUGCUGUUUGAUGCGGAGAAGUAA